AGAGCCGGUAAUCGGCAUCCCUCAGAUGGGACAUCUACACUGAUCAUCAGGGCACUGAUGAUCAGUGUGCCCUGAUGAUCAGUGUAGUCCCAGCAGUGCCACCUGUCAGUGUCCAUCAGUGCCACAUCAAUGCCACAUAUCAGUACCUACCAGUGCACAUCAAUGCCACAUAUCAGUGCCCAUCUGAGCUGCCUUUCAGUGCCACCUAUCAAUGCCAGUCAGUGCCGCUUAUCAGUGCUGCCAUCAGUGCGCCUUAGUGCUGUCUAUCAGUGCCGCCUAACAGUGCCAGUCAGUGCUGCCUAUCAG